GCCCACGACAUGAUUGCCUCCGACAUCUCACUCACCCUCUCCGUCCUCAGACCAAUGUUGCGAGGGAGACCAAAAACCACAGCGCGGGCAAGAGACUCCAGAAAAUCCAAAAUAUACGGACACUGCACCUUUUCGAUGCCAACGCGCCAUCUUCCUGAAGAUUGUCACACGCGCACACACUCUCUCUCCCUCGGUAGCUGCGAACCCUAAAGAUUUCCACUUCCGCACUCUCUCCCUCUCUCUGGAAUUUCAAGAUUCACGUCUCUGCGUUUGCUGAUGGUGUUGAAGAUCGCUUCGGACGAGCUCAGGUCUCCAGCGGAGAGGGAAAUCGAGCACCAUUUGGUGGCUGUUGCUGCUUCUCAGAGCGAGAAGAGCGCGGGAGCUAAGACCAAAAAUAAGAGCAUGAAGGGCCAAGAGAGGAGACUCAGCUUGAGGAUCCAAGAGAAGCAUAGGGCGGAGAAGGAGCUUCUUGUUCGUAGACGGGUCGAGCUUCUAGGAGAUGAGGAUCUACAUGAGGUGAGUGGUAGUACCAAGAGCACGAUCACGUAUAGCAGGAAGAAGUCAAACAGGGGGAAUGCGAGAGAGGAGGCACUGGAUGAAAAAAUUAUUGUUGGCGAGGCUUUCAGAAAAGAUCAAUCGCCGGUGAAGAGUGAGGUUUUGAGCGAAAGCAAGGUGGCAAGUGUACCUGAGAAGAGUGCCCAUGCAACAGUCAAGGAGACUUUGAGGUUGUUCAACAAGCACUAUCUGCAUUUUGUACAGGAGGAAGAGCAACGUUGUCGACGGGUGGAGGUUGCUAAGAAAACUUCAAAAAAAUCGAAGAGAGGGGUUACAACUGAAGAGGAUACUAAAAAAACAGCCAAGCGUCCUGAUCUGAAGGCAAUAUCUAAGAUGCUUGAGACAAAUAGCGUACUAUACCCUGAGAAAAGAAUUGGUGAUCUUCCAGGUAUCAAUGUUGGGCACCAGUUCUAUUCACGGGCAGAGAUGGUCGCUGUUGGUUUCCAUAGCCAUUGGCUGAAUGGAAUCGAUUAUAUGGGGCAGUCCUACAAUAAGGGGGAAUAUAGGAACCAUACCUUGCCGCUAGCUGUUGCUAUUGUGAUAUCGGGCAUGUAUGAAGAUGAUCUCGAUAAUGCUGAGGACGUCAUUUACACUGGUCAAGGUGGUCAUAACUUAACCGGAGACAAACGUCAAAUUAAAGAUCAGGUCAUGGAACGUGGUAAUCUGGCACUAAAGAACUGUGUGGAACAAUGUCUGCCUGUUCGAGUUGUGCGUGGCCAUGAAUCUUCUAGUAGCUACUCUGGUAAAGUUUACACAUAUGAUGGCUUGUACAAGGUUGUUCAGUAUUGGGCAGAGAAGGGUCUAUCUGGAUUUACGGUAUUCAAGUAUAGACUUAGGCGGCUUGAUGGACAACCAAUUUUGACCACUAAUCAGGUUCAAUUUGCUCAUGGGCGAGUUCCUAAGUCUGUUUCAGAAAUACGUGGGUUGGUGUGCGAGGAUAUUACUGGAGGUCAAGAGGAUGUGCCCAUUCCAGCUACCAACUUGGUUGACGAUCCACCUGUUGCACCCACAGGAUACACAUAUUGCAAGUCCAUCCGACUUGGUCCUAAUGUUGAACUUCCCACAAUCGCCUCUGGAUGCAACUGCAAAGGAACUUGCAUGGAUCCAAGUACUUGUGCAUGUGUGACACGCAAUGGUUCGGACUUUCCCUAUGUUCAUCGUGAUGGUGGCAGGUUGAUUGAAGCUAAAGACGUUGUUUAUGAGUGUGGGCCUAAUUGUGGCUGUGGACCUGGUUGCGUCAAUCGAACAUCUCAGAGAGGGUUGAGGUAUCGGCUUGAGGUGUUUCGUACUCCGAAAAAAGGCUGGGCGGUUAGAUCUUGGGACUUUAUACCUUCUGGAGCUCCAGUUUGUGAGUACGUUGGCAUACUUUUGAGGACAGAGGAUUUGGAUAAUGCCACUGAGAAUAACUAUAUCUUUGAUAUAGACUGCUUACAAACAAUGAGGGGUCUUGGUGGAAGAGAGAGGCGUCAACUAGAUUCGUCAAUGCCGGCAAUUGACAAUGUGGAAACACAAUCUGGGAAUGUUGCCAGGUUCAUUAACCACAGUUGUGAGCCAAAUCUCUUUGUCCAGUGUGUUUUGAGCUCACACCACGACAUCAAAAUGGCUCGAGUAAUGCUAUUUGCAGCAGACAACAUACCUCCGUUGCAGGAGCUCACUUAUGACUACGGCUAUGCCCUUGACAGUGUCCAUGGUCCUGAUGGGAAUAUAAAGCAAUUGGCUUGUUAUUGUGGCGCUGCAGAUUGCAGAAAACGCUUGUUUUAGCCGUUAAAUGUUGGGGGUUACUGUUGUCUAUACAAACAAUGCUGUCGGCAGAGGUGCGGGGCAAUUUUUGUGUGUUGAUCAAUGUGAAACCUGGAUAUGUUGAUUGUUGGAACUGCUGUAUGUAUCCUGCAAACCCCUGAUGUUUUUAAUAUUGGUGGGGUUUCUUUUGAUCAAAUGGGUUGUCAUUGACUGGUAAGUUAUGGGCGAUUACGCAUAGUUGAUACAGUGGAGGAGAAGUUGUCACAAG